AACGCCAUUAUUGUCAGCUAACUUUGAAUCUAUAUUCAAAUAAUUAACAAUUAACGUUGAGAUGGAUAAUGAUGAAUUUAUUUGGAAUUUUGGGGAAUUUGUUAAUCGACACGCGGCUGAGAUAUGGUUUGUACGCAGCGUCGAGCGAAAUCGACGCAAUGAACGUCGACAGCGUCGAUUUCAAUAGCGAGCUCCGCCAAAUUGAGAGGGAGAUCGAUCGUUGUAAGCCAACGUUGCAAGGCUACCGCGACGAAUCCGAAAACAUAGAAACGGAAAUCUGCAACGUGAGGCAACUGCAGCGGAAAGCGCGGUUCGUGUUGAACAACGUGCGAUCGGAGGAGCAGGAUCUUCACGAGCGUUUCAAGAAUAUAAGUAUAGACUACGAUACGUGCGUCGAGAGGUCGGGCGGUUACGAAGAUCCGAACGAGACGAUCCGCGCGAAGAUAAGCGAACUGACGACGCUGAGGACGAAUCUGUCGGAGGACCUGGCGCAAAUGAGAAGAAGAGCGGAUAGUAACGCGAAGAAACUCGUCCGCGUGAAGGCCAUGAUCGCGGAGCAAGAAGACGAGUAUGCGACGCAAAUUCGAAAAUUGAAGGAGAUAUCCGAGAGCGCUUGUUCCUUUUCACCAGAUAUAAAAAAACGAAUGGACAAUAUUUUGAGAUGUCGGGAAUUAGAUGAAAGCGAUGGCCAUUAAUAAAAUACGAUGCAAUACAGUUUUUCGUAUAAAUAUAAAAUAUUUCCAUAUUAUGUACAAAAAUAUU